UUGCCUAGACAAUAACACAAAUUACCGAAAACACAGUCACGCGCGAGAAGUAAAUCUAGGCCACAGGACGGUGCUAUCAACAACGAUUUGUUUGACAGGACAUCGCUAAUAUCCUUUUGACUUUAAUAAGUGUUUAAGUAUGUACCUUCAAAAGCAUCCUCUGCUUGUGGAAUCACAAUUUGUAGCAGGAAACUAUUAAGAAAAUAUUACAUAAUAGCUGCCAUUCGCACAACAAUCUUCGGUAUAAAAUGUAAGCAUUUGAUUAGUAAUCUCCAUCAACUGGCUUUGGAAACAAAUUUAAACAUUUAUAAUGGAAAACAUCUUAAAGCAAAAAUAAUUAAAGAUCAAUGAGCAAAAAAUUCUAUUGGAGCAGUGUUAAAGAGUUAUCUUUCGCUGAGAUUCUAAAAUUUAUAACAGAACUGCAACAACUAAAAAGCCGUAUAACUAACAAAAAUAGCAACAGUAAUAUUAUUGAUGAUGUAUUAACAGUGUAAUGGAAAGCCUAACAAUUCUUCAAAAAAAAUGGAGUUGCACAGCCUUUUUAAGGCCAUCCUGAUCGUUUACGCCAUUGAAGCUGAUCUUGGCACAAUUGCAAAUGGGCUUGACCUGCAGGGACCAAUAUUUCUUCAUGAGCCACCACAUCGCAUCGAAUUUUCAAAUAAUACUGGAGGUUUGAUUGAAUGCUCUGGACAUGGUAGUCCUCCUCCAGAGGUGGAAUGGACCCCAAUACCUCCACAACAAGAUAUGGUAUUUACACUCUCGAAUGGUAGUCUUAUGUUCUAUCCCUUUACAGCGGAGAAGUACAGACAUGAAGUACAUGCUACAGUUUACAGAUGUCGUCUUCGUGAUUUACAGCUGAAUCUGCUUCAGCAGACGGUUGGUCUUAGAGGAAUUGUCAAUCAAAAAUACACAGUUCAAGUUCACGAUGAAUACGUGAUGACUGGAAACACGGCGGUAUUGAAAUGCCAGGUGCCCAGCUAUAUGUCGGAGUUUGUUAUGGUAACAGCUUGGGUCCAAGAUACUGGCAUGCAUCUCUACCCCAACACUGACAUAGGUGGAAAGUAUACAGUAUUACCUAACGGGGAACUGUAUAUAAAUAACGCGGGACCCAAUGAUGCAUUUAAGAGCUAUACUUGCCGCACCGUUAAUAGAUUGACAGGUGAAAUACAAAUAUCUACAUAUCCUGGGCGCAUCAUUGUCACAGAUCCAAAAGGCAUGGUGCAACCGCGUAUAAACGUCGAAAAGCAUUCUCUGCGACAUGUUGUUCUUAAUGGACAAACAACGUUGCCAUGCAUUGCUCAAGGCCAUCCAGUGCCAACAUAUCGCUGGUUCAAAGAGGAAAACGAACAACUAUUACCUCUGCAACUGAGCGAACGCAUCACAAUAGUUUCUGCCGGUUUGCUGAAAAUUGCAAAGGUAAUGCCAAAUUUUACUAUAUAAAUAUUCAUAUAUGCU